AUGCAGCUGUGCAGCCUGUCAGUGGUGGUGUUACGCCACGCGUUGGGAAUAAUGGUGUCAAGGCAGGGCUUGCUCCUGCCCUGGCAUCUGUUCUGGCCUGCUGUGUGCGAGGGGAUAGAGCUGAUUGGCAUCAUUAGGGACACUAGUAGGAGAUAUGAAAACAAAGCUGGAAGUUUCAUUACUGGAAUAGAUGUAACAUCCAAGGAAGCAAUUGAGAAAAAGGAACAAAGAGCAAAACGCUUUCAUUUUCGAGCUGAAGUGAAUCUCGCUCAAAGGAAUGUGGCACUGGAUCGAGACAUGAUGAAGAAAGCAAUUCCUAAAGUGAGACUGGACACAAUUUACAUUUGUGGGGUGGACGAGAUGAGUACACAGGACAUCUUUGCCUAUUUCAAAGAGUAUCCUCCUGCUCAUAUUGAGUGGUUAGAUGAUACGUCAUGUAAUGUGGUCUGGCUUGAUGAAGUUACAGCAACACGGGCUCUAAUAAAUAUGAGUUCCUUGCCUGAUCAGGAGAAAACAAAAAGCAGAGAAAACAAUGAAGAAAAGACAGCUGAAAAAAGCAAGAAAGAAAAACAGGAGGAAAGUUCUGAUGAUGAGACAGAAGAAGGCGAGGUUGAGGAUGACAAUCCAAGUGACGUCGAGUUGGAUGCCCUCUCCCAGGUAGAAGAGGAUUCUCUCCUGCGUAAUGAUCUUCGCCCUGCCAAUAAACUGGCUAAAGGAAACAAGCUAUUCAUGAGAUUUGCUACUAAAGAUGACAAAAAAGAGCUGGGAGCUGCAAGGCGAAGCCAGUAUUACAUGAAAUACGGCAAUCCGAAUUAUGGAGGCAUGAAGGGGAUUCUUAGCAAUUCUUGGAAACGAAGAUACCAUUCACGUCGAAUCCAUCGGGAUGUGAUAAAGAAAAGAACACUUAUUGGGGAUGAUGUUGGCUUGACUCCUCCUUAUAAACAUCGUCAUUCAGGCUUAGUAAAUGUUCCUGAGGAGCCUAUUGAGGAGGAAGAAGAGGAGGAAGAAGUUCAGGAUAUGGAUGAAGAUGACAGAGUUGUGGUAGAGUACCGUGAUGAACUGCAAGCUUUUAAACAAUCCCGAGAUCGCAGUGCAGCAAGGCGAUCGAGUGCUAGUGCAUCUGAUUCUGAUGAAAUGGACUAUGAUCUUGAACUGAAAAUGAUAUCAACACCCUCUCCUAAAAAAAGCAUGAAAAUGACAAUGUAUGCAGAUGAGGUGGAAUCACAACUGAAAAAUAUUAGGAAUUCCAUGCGAGCAGAUAGCAUAGCAACCAGUAACAUAAAAAAUCGGAUUGGCAGUAAAGGAUCAUCAGAGAAAGUUGCAGAUGUAAGACUACUGUUAGAAGAAAAACGUCAGAAUAAUAGUGGGCCACGUCAGCCAAACAACACUGUAAAAUCAGAUGUGCGGCAAAGACUGGGAAAAAGACAACAUUCUCCAGAAAUUAAACCUCCAAGUAGUACCUCUGCUCCUCGUCGAGAACCAAUAUCAGAUGUACACAGCCGGUUAGGAAUCCCCAAACAAGAUGUGAAAGGCCUCUACUCUGAUACCAGAGAGAAGAAAUCAGGUAAUUUAUGGACCCGAUUAGGGUCUGCUCCGAAGACACAAGAAAAGCCUUCAGAUAAACCUGAAAACUCUGCGGCAUCUCCAGAGGAAGAUGAUUCAGAACUCCAGCGAGUUUGGGGUGCUCUCAUUAAGGAAAAAGAACAGUCUCGGCAAAAAAAGAGUCGAUUGGAUAAUUUACCAUCUCUACAAAUUGAAAUCAGCCGAGAAAGCAGUUCUGGAUCAGAUACUGAAUCAUGAUUGUUUUUACAUUCUGAUCCUCAACAUUGUGACUCUGCAGUGUGGCAAGAUUUCCUUUGCCCAAAAGCCGGACGCUGGCAAAGACUCUGCAGUGAAGGUUCCAGAAGUGUCUCUGUUCCUUUUAUACAAAAGCAGAGAUGCGUAUACCACUUGAAACCUAAAGCAAUCAUGUUUGUCUGGAGUCUGUGGUUGGCCCUGUGUUAUGUAGGGCAUUGUCAUUUAUGUUUAUUACAGCAAACUUGUAGUUAAUUCUAGCAAAACACUUUUCCCCCAGCUUUGAACUGAAGAGAAGAGGCAGAAAUGCUUUGUAUUUUUAAGACGACCUUUUUGUUCUUAAUAUUUUUAACAUGGAGCCUUUUAACAAAAUGUUUUACACAGUUCAUCCAAAGAACAGGGCAUUUCAUAAUCGACAUC